AUGCUGAGCACUACCGGUGCUCACCUCGGCGGCAAGUGCGGCUACGUCUGGGCCGGCACGGGCUUCGCCUGUUUCGUCCUCGCCUUCUUCUUCCUGCCCGAGAUGAAGGACCGCUCGUACCGCGAGAUCGACAUUCUCUUCAAGCGCAAGGUGCCUGCGCGCAAGUGGAAGCGGACGGCCGUCGACAUCAACGACGACGAGUAG